CCUGGGGCCUGUCUGCCUGGCGUCGUGGAGAGAAUCAUUAAAAGCGGAACCAGGUCCUGCCUUGUGCGUCGCCCCUCGCGCAUAAACAACAGGUCGUACUCCCAAGCAAUGUAUCCCUCGGCCCCGCCGGACGCGUAUAACAAGUUCAACACCGGAGCUCCGCCAACGGCGCCGCCGCCGGCAGCGUACCAGCAGCACGGGGCCGUGAACAUGAACCCCUCACGCCCCGGCGCCGCGCUGCGGACAUGGUCCACCGGCCUCUUCCACUGCAUGGACGACCCGGGGAACUGUCUCAUCACAUGCCUGUGCCCCUGCAUCACGUUCGGGCAGAUCGCUGACAUCGUGGACAAAGGCACUUGCUCUUGUAUUGCGAGUGGACUGAUCUAUGGGCUCAUCUGCGCGUCGACGGGGAUGGGUUGCCUCUACUCGUGCCUCUACCGGUCCAGGCUGAGGGCCGAGUACGACCUGGAGGAAGGGGAGUGCCCCGACUUCCUGGUCCACUGCUGCUGCGAGCACCUGGCGCUCUGCCAGGAGUACCGCGAGCUCAAGAACCGCGGCUUCGACCUGGGGAUCGGUUGGGAUGCCAACAUGGACCGGCAGAGGCGAGGCGUUGCCAGCGGCACGGUGAUGGGGGCGCCGGCCACGCCGCUCGGCAUGAUUAGAUAGGCGAUGGUUCUGAAAUGGCGAUGCUUUGCUCCCAUGGUCCUUCGUGUUGCUAUCCUGUUAAUAUUUUUUUUCUCGUCUUGCGAGUGGAUAUCAGAAUGCAUGUAUUUCUUUUAUUUUAUUUUUCUUAUCGCAGAGUGACUGUAUUUAAGAUUUUAAGCUGGGUGUGUAUUGCGCUACUUAGUACUCCCUCUGUUUUAAAAUGCAGUUCGUUUUGACUUUUCUA